CCUUCUUCUUCUUCUUCCUUUUCUCUUCAAGUUUUCUCUCUUCAGAAAAAAAAAAAAUGAAAAAAAAAGGCCAAAAUUCACAGUUAUUUUUACUUACUAAUAAUUCAUCUAACGAAGAUGAAUUCGAAGUAGCAAAUAUACUACUCGAUCUCGACAACCUCGUUAUCCAGAGACAAUUUGGUUCGUUAAUUUGGGGUUGUAAGAAAAAAAGAUCUAAUCGAUGCAUCGAUUUUUCAUCAUCAUCAGUUUGUAUACAACAACAGCAAGGAUGUUUGAAAGUUGAUGAUGAACAUCAUGAAAUUGAUAAAGCAAAGAUUAAGGUUGAAGUUGUUACUAGUCCUGCUACUCCUCUUUCGUUUUCUCCAAGUGAAUCUGAUGAUAAAUCCAAACAUUCUUCUCGUAAAAGUUAUAAACGAAAGACGAGGGAGGAGUUAAUGGAUAACAUAAAAGAAUUAUCUCAAUGCAGAGAAAUGCUAAGAGGGGAAGUGGAGAAUGUUCGGAAUUACUACAACAAUCUAAAAGCUUAUAAUUUGAAGUUGAAAGCAAGGAAAGAACAGGUAACAAAAAUGUUGAAUAUCCAAGGUGGUGGUGUUAAUUUAGGUCAACUUUACAAUAAUUCUGGAAUGGAGCCCAAUCAUCAACAGCCAUUCAUUAUGGAUCAGGUUGCUAUUCAUAGAUAUCAGUACCCAUUGGGCCAGGUGCAGCAACAGGCCCAACCUUUUUUCUCAAAUAGAUUGGGCCUAGGACUGGGUCCAGGCCCAAUGGUCCUUCCAGAUCUAAAUGUUCGUGUGGAUGAGGCUUUUACAUUGGACCGGUUCGAUAUCGAUAGAAUGAAUGUUGAAAGGAAGGCCCAAUUUGCUGAAGCUAGAAGGAGGAGGAUGAUUAAAAGAAUAGAAGUUAAGAAUUCAUCUGGUUUUAUUAGACCACCAAGAAGAAGAUAGUUUUUGUUUGUUAAAUUUCUUUUAUCAUGUUUUAUUUUGAUCGCGAUAUAGAAGGAUAUGAUUUUUUUGUAAGAGGCGCUAGAAAAGGCCAAUUGAGCAAAGCUCUUUUUUGUUUUGAGCAUGUCGCUAAGUGAAACUUUAUCGUAUAUUAGUUGAAGAAGUUGUUGAACUAUAAUGAUCGUAUACUUUUCAUUGAUCAUACAGGCAAAAUAUUUCCC